AUGAAAAAUUGGGGUUUUCGCCUUCACAGUUACUUCUGGGUGGUUAUUCGAGUCGAUUCGAUCCGAUUCGAGUCGAUUCGAGUCGAUUCGAGUCGAUUCGAGUCGAUUCGAGCCGAUUCGAGCCGAUUCGAGUCGAUUCGAGCCGAUUCGAAUCGAUUCGAGCCGAUUCGAACCGAUUCGAAUCGAUUCGAAUCGAUUCGAAUCGAUUCGAAUCGAUUCGAGGCAUUUUUUUUAAUUUUUCUGGGUGGUUAUUCGAGUCUGGGUGGUUAUUCGAGUCGAUUCGAUCGAUUCGAGUCGAUUCGAGUCGAUUCGAGUGGUUAUUCGAGUCGAUUCGAUCCGAUUCGAGUCGAUUCGAGUCGAUUCGAGUCGAUUCGAGUCGAUUCGAGUCGAUUCGAGUCGAUUCGAGCCGAUUCGAGCCGAUUCGAGUCGAUUCGAGCCGAUUCGAAUCGAUUCGAAUCGAUUCGAAUCGAUUCGAAUCGAUUCGAAUCGAUUCGAAUCGAUUCGAGGCAUUUUUUUAAUUUUUCUGGGUGGUUAUUCGAGUCUGGGUGGUUAUUCGAGUCGAUUCGAUCCGAUUCGAGUCGAUUCGAGUCGAUUCGAGUCGAUUCGAGUCGAUUCGAGCCGAUUCGAGUCGAUUCGAGCCGAUUCGAAUCGAUUCGAAUCGAUUCGAAUCGAUUCGAAUCGAUUCGAGGCAUUUUUUUAAUUUUUCUGGGUGGUUAUUCGAGUCUGGGUGGUUAUUCGAGUCGAUUCGAUCCGAUUCGAGUCGAUUCGAGUCGAUUCGAGUCGAUUCGAGCCGAUUCGAGUCGAUUCGAGCCGAUUCGAAUCGAUUCGAAUCGAUUCGAAUCGAUUCGAAUCGAUUCGAGGCAUUUUUUUUUAAUUUUUCUGGGUGGUUAUUCGAGUCUGGGUGGUUAUUCGAGUCGAUUCGAUCCGAUUCGAGUCGAUUCGAGUCGAUUCGAGUCGAUUCGAGUCGAUUCGAGCCGAUUCGAGCCGAUUCGAGUCGAUUCGAGCCGAUUCGAAUCGAUUCGAAUCGAUUCGAAUCGAUUCGAAUCGAUUCGAGGCAUUUUUUUAAUUUUUCUGGGUGGUUAUUCGAGUCUGGGUGGUUAUUCGAGUCGAUUCGAUCCGAUUCGAGUCGAUUCGAGUCGAUUCGAGUCGAUUCGAGUCGAUUCGAGUCGAUUCGAGCCGAUUCGAGUCGAUUCGAAUCGAUUCGAAUCGAUUCGAAUCGAUUCGAAUCGAUUCGAAUCGAUUCGAGGCAUUUUUUAA